CUGGCGGCCUAAGCAACCUGCGGCACAGGUACCAAACGAGCGCAAUGCGCAUGCGGUACCUGUGCCGGCAGCAGUGCGUGUGGUGGCAUUUAACCUUCGGAAAUCGAGCGUGCAGGGCGUGUGUGGUGGUUUAGCGAAUAGUGCUCGUCAUUAAGUAAAACCCCAUGCACUGCGCUUAUUGUCUCGAAGGGUGAUUACUGGCUUAUCGUGAAGUGACUGACCCUGUGAAUAGGGGUGAGAUAUUUUCUUGCGGUAUUAAAUAAUUGUUGUUUUGAUUUUAAUUGACGAAUUGAUUAUUGAUUAUUAGUAAAUUAAUUGGCGUAUUCAAAUAUUGAUCAUGAUCCUUGUAAAUUGUUUCGAAUUCCUUUUCUUGCUCUGACUUUGGAAUGUGAAAUAUUUAUUGUGAAUUCCUCUGUUUCCAGUUCAAUUGCCAUAAUAUACGACGCCAGAUAUAGAAAAGGUUGGAGUGGUUUUAUUUAAAUAUUUGGACCCCCACAUUGGUGCUACCCGACGUCGUGAAAUUCCUGACAUUGCAAGAUGCCGGACGAGACUGCCGUUGCACCUACCAUGAAUUUCAAGCCUCCGGUAUAUUCCGCUGAGCAUGCAGAACUCUUCUUCAGCCUACUGGAAGAGCAGUUUGCGCAAGCUGGAAUUAUUAACGAAAAGGAGAAAUUCCUAUGCUUGGCCCGAGCUGUACCUUACGUCGCGCUACCUGAGGCAGCUGCUAAUUUGAUUCGGAAGAUUCCGCAAUUGGAGCCUUAUGCUGCCCUAAAAAACGCUCUGUUGACAAACUUGCGCCCAAGUGACUACGAAUCACUGCGCAGCAGAAUGAGGUCUAUUCCUCUAGGUACAAUGAAGCCCAGCGAAUUCCUAGCACGGUUGCGCUCUCUUGCGGAUGAGGCUACCCUCGGAAAUGCUAUCUUCCAGGCUGACCUGUUGGCCAUCUGGAGGGCCGCUAUGCCUGCUGAAUGGCGGCACGUUCUGGUGGUAGAGAGAGAUAUUGACGCCGCCGCACAGAAAGCGGACGAACUCCAUGUAUACAAGCAACAGACAGGCGCUGCCGCGCCACAGCGCGACAACGCCGCCGCGCCACAGUGCGAAAUCGCCGCUGUGCGAGCGGGCGGAUCGAGAAAUUCGAGCGAGGAUCGUCGUUUUGCGUCUGUGGAGAAAAGCAUUACGGACAUAAAGGGAGAAAUGUAUAAAAUGCAGCUGGCUAUCAGCGAGUUGAGCAACAACCGAGGGCGCCGCGCAAACCGUGGAGAACGUGGCCGCUCUUUCAGCCGGUCGCCAUCAGCAUCGAGGCAAGCCGACGAUCGUUGCUAUCAUCACAAACGAUUCGGAGAUAAGGCGUAUCAGUGCCGCCCAUUCUGUCGAUUCUACAGCCAAUUCUGCGCAGAUCAAACUCAACAACAGAAACCUGGGACUUUAAACUUUUAGGGCAGACAUGCGCAGCGACCGUCUCUGUUUGCCAAUCACAACACAGUCGCCUAUUUAUUGAUGACCCGCUUACCAAACUCACCUUUUUAGUAGACACUGGCGCGGACCUAUCCAUUGUACCAAGAAAAAUGAUUGCGGAAGAGAGGACUCAAACUGAUUUUAAACUUACCGCAGCAAAUGACGACUUCAUCCCAUGUUUUGGCUUUAAAUCGCUAAAGCUGUCCUUGAAUUUGCGUCGAGAA